AUGUUCAAGACACUAACCAUGGGUGACCCCCGCGUUCUCCAGGCAUGCAUGGAGUUAUCGAUCAAGACGCCGGCUCAAGUUCUUCAGGAAUACCAGAAUCGGAACCGUGGUGUUUCAAUUAAUUACAACACGAUACCCGUAGAAGGUGAUGGCAUCAAGCUCUUCAAAACCAUAGCUACUGCCGGCAGCACUGUUGGAGAGGGUGUUGCCUCGACGAAGAAAAUUGCCAAACAGUUAGGGGCGCAACAGUUGCUAGCGCUGUUGCACGAACGGACAGCAAGGAAAUACUAUGAAGUGGCGGAGAUGUACAACAGUUCCAUGAAGGGCCAACCAGUUGCCGGCGAGUCAUCCACGUACGGACCUCCCUCCACACAGCGCAACGACGCAAGGGGUGGACGUGGCGUGGAUCCUCGCCUUCAGCGUAAUGGAAAUGGCUCGAAUCGGAUGCGAAAAGCUCGACGAUCGCCUCCGUCGAAAGAGUAUGAUGCUGGAUACCACGAAUAUGCAGUUGACCGACGCAUGAAUGCGCCACCUCCUUGGAAUGGGUACAACCAGCAGUCAAUGCAGCCUGUAGGUCCAUGGAAUGGUGGAGGUGCGCAAGGUGAUAUGGGAUUGGACACUGUGGCGCCUGAGCGUGUGGUGGUGUAUUCUCAAACGCCGGCCGGAAAUGUGGCAAGCUAUGGUGGCGGACAAUACUACAAUGUUGGAAAUGCGUGGGGAGGCUAUCCGAAUAUCAGCCACGCACCGCAUCCAGCAGUCUAUUCUCAGCAGUACAAUGGUGCCUACGGUGAAACUCAGCCGCCUGUAAACAGACCGUACGGUUAUGGCAAUUAUCACUCACGACCAUCCGAUCGCCAGAACGCUGCAACACCCAUCGAAAGAGUCACGGCUAACUUACGAAACCAGAUGUCGAAUCAGUGA